AUGGCUAAAGUAACCGCGGCUUGUAUAAUUAUUGGUGAUGAAGUGCUGAACGGAAAGGUUGUUGAUACAAACUCCACUUUUUUCGCUAAAUUCUGCUUUGACCAUGGAAUCCAAUUGAAGGAGAUAGUAACUAUAGGUGACGAUGAAGCUCAAAUUGUAGAUACUGUGAGAAGGUUAGUCAACUGUCAUGACUUUAUUAUUAGUACAGGUGGAAUUGGCCCUACUCAUGAUGAUAUCACUUAUGAGUGCAUGGCUAGAAGUUUCAAUCUGCCUUGUGAGUUAGAUGAAGAAUGUAAAGAACGAAUGAGGCGAAAGUCCGACCCCGAAGCAAGAUUAGAUGCUGAUGCUUUGAAGGCACAUUAUCAAAUGGCUACCAUGCCGAAGGGGCCCAACGUUCGAAACUAUUAUGUAUGUGAUGAUUUAUGGGUCCCCAUCUGUUCCAUUUCACACAAAGUUUACAUACUGCCUGGUAUCCCACAAUUGUUUUCAAAAAUGCUUAAGGGUUUUACGCCCACGUUGAAGAAAAUUUAUAAUCUGGAAGAAGAUCCACGUGAAUAUGUGCGUUACUUUGUUAAAACACGGCUAACCGAGUCACAAAUAUCUAAAGAGCUAAAACUGAUUCAAGAUGAAUCAACGGAAGUCUCGGAUGCAAUCAAAAUCGGUUCAUACCCGCAUUUUGGCAUGGGUUUCAACACAGUUAGUAUUUUAGGUGAAAAGAAAGACGAUGCAUACUUAAAGACAGUUGUUAGUAGAGUUGUAAAGAACCUCGCGGGGGAAGAGAUCUCUCCUGAACUAGAGGACAAAUUUUCCAAUCAAGAGAGGUGA